ACAAUAAAAUAACUCAAACAUAUAACAAUACAAUUUUUAUUGUUUCAGUUAACGUAUUCAGCGCGUUCAUACCAAUCUCUGUUGCAUUUUAAUUUAUUUUCAACAAACACAACCCUCAAACAGCAGUGGAGAAUAAUACGCGAAUUCGCGGAUAAUACUCCGAUGUAGGAAUAAAAAUACGCGAGUGUUUUAAAAUGGUCGGAUUUUUAUUCUUUUUCGCAUUCGCGCAUGCAUCGUACAGCCAGAGCGCUCAGGAGAGAUAUUUCCAAGAUAACCGUCGGCUAGCGAAGGCGAUAGUGGAAGCGUUACAAGACUCAAAGUUCGAUGAGGAGAUACUCUUCGAUCUGAAGAAGGAGAACCAGGUGUACCUGAACCGCACCAUGUCGCUCAUCAUCAAGUAUAUUGUUAAACGCGAGGUGGAUAACUACCGGUCGCGGCGCACCGACGCCAUCAGCCGCAAGAUCUACUCCUCGCUCGUCAUGAAGCUCAUCGACAUUGCGAAGGACCUGCCCCGCAACACCAGCAGCACGAGCCGCAUCGACACCGCGCAUCGAUACUACAUGUCAGUCGAAAGCCGCGACAUGCACGAUCAGAUGGCAGAUAUCCAGGUCUUCCAUGCGUGCGCCAGGAUUUACGACAUUGUCUUUACCGCUCCCAGAAUACUAGCACAAUUGGGUAACCUGGACGAUCUGACACCGAGAAUUCUCGUGAGGAAGCUGAAGGGAAUGGAAAUCAAACCCGUACAUCUUGGAGUGGCUUUACUUAUCCAGUAUCACCUUCGCAACAUUGUGAACUUCGCGAUACGAUCCAGGACUUUGGAUGUCCUGUCCACCAAACCUCAGAUGGUGGGUCCCCAAGUGAUCGAGAUGCUGAAGGCGCUGGCUGCCAGGUUUCUACCCAUCGCUGAGCUGUUGGAUAUCCAUCUGGCGCAUUCCAGCCCCGCGUUUAAAGACACCUGCCCCGCCACUUGGCUCGGCAUUGUUAAUAAUAAACAGCCUUAAUGUAUUGUUAUUAUAA